UUACCGCCUUGGAAGCUUCCGUUAUUUAUUUACAUGUCAGUUUUGUUAGUCAAUAUGGCCUUGAUUCAGUAGGUCAAGGAAUAUCUAAGGUAGACUUAAUUUAUCAUUCAAUAUUUAUUCUUUCGUUAUUUUUCCAAAUAAUUUUAGCUGCUGAUGCUCUCUGGCAUCGCAAUAUUGUUCAGAUAAUAGCCCUUGUCAUAUUCAACCUUCUUUCGUUAUCAUAUGCAGGAAUACACGAAGACUACGGAACUAAAAAUGCAACAUAUAACCCAACUAAUCCCAUUUUUUUACCAAAAGGAGAUCCUAAUGCGGCCAAAAAUUAUUACGAACCCAUUGUGCGACCAAUUGAAUACACUAUUAUUGCUCUAGUAUCAA